AUGUCUCAUGAAUCCGUCUGGUACUCGCGCCCACGCACCUACGGCAAGGGGUCUCGAGGCUGUGUCGUUACAGGCGACAAGAAGAAAUCCGGCAUCAUACGCAAAUACGGGCUCAAUAUGAGUCGGCAGGCGUUCCGCGAGAAGGCGCAGGAUAUCGGGUUUGUCAAGUACCGAUAG